CAGUGGGCAGUCGGUCGGGUGAUAUAGGGCAGUGGUAGGGGGAGUCUGUCUCUCCUAGGCUGGGUACACGGCUGGCAGUGUUCGGUGGGCAGAGGCUCUCCGGUUUGGUUCUGCACGAUGCGGAUGGCGAUGAGAUCUCUCCGGCCGAUCUUCCUCCUCCUCCUCCCGGUGCUCUGUGUGCUGCACCUCCCGGGGGGUUCGGGGUUCAGCUUCCCGCAACAGCACACGAUGCAGUACUGGGCCACGCGGCUGGAGCGUGAGUUUCAUCAGGUCAUGCGGAACUUCGCCGGGGCUCAACAGCUGCAAGGGCUGUACAGGGAGAAGAGGAACCUCUUUGAGGUGAAGGAGAACAUUCCUCGGCGAUUGGUGGAAAAAGUGGCCGGCGACAUCGACACCCUCCUCGCCAAGAAAGUGCGGGCGCUCAAGAGGCUGGCGCGCGCUGCGGAGGAGUUCCAGAGAGCUCACCGUUGGCAGGAUAACAUCAAGGAGGAAGAUAUCGAGUAUUAUGACGCCAAGGCCGAUACAGAAUACGACGACCCGGAGGGGGAGGAGGAGCUGCGAGAGACCAGCCACUCCCUCAAGCUCGAUUUUACCGACGAUCUGAACUUCAAGGCCAAAGUGAAUUAUUCGUACACGGCGGUGCAGAUCCCUACCGACAUCUACAAGGGUUCCACCGUCAUCCUGAACGAGCUGAACUGGACCGACUCCCUGGAGAACGUCUUCAUCCAGAACCGCCAGGAGGACCCCACGCUGCUCUGGCAGGUGUUUGGCAGCGCCACCGGAGUGACCCGAUACUACCCAGCCACCCCGUGGAGGGCACCCAGCAAGAUCGACCUGUACGACGUACGCCGGCGCCCAUGGUACAUCCAAGGCGCCUCCUCCCCCAAGGACAUGGUCAUUAUAGUGGAUGUGAGCGGCAGUGUGAGCGGAUUGACGCUGAAACUGAUGAAGACGUCGGUGAUGGAGAUGCUGGACACGCUGUCUGAUGACGACUACGUCACCGUCGCCUCUUUUCACGAGAAGGCCGAGCCCGUGUCCUGCUUCAGGCAGCUGGUCCAGGCCAACGUUCGGAACAAGAAGGUCAUCAAAGAUGCCGUCCAAGAUAUGGUGGCCAGAGGAACCACCGACUACAAGGCCGGGUUCGAGUACGCCUUCAGCCAGCUGCAGAAUAAUAACGUCACCCGAGCCAACUGUAACAAGAUGAUCAUGAUGUUCACGGAUGGCGGAGAAGACCGAGUACAGGAUGUCUUUGAGAAAUACAACUGGCCCAACAAAACGGUUCGUGUUUUCACCUUCUCGGUCGGUCAGCACAAUUAUGACGUCACCCCGUUGCAGUGGAUGGCGUGCGCUAAUAAGGGGUACUAUUUUGAAAUCCCGUCCAUCGGAGCGAUCCGGAUAAACACUCAGGAAUAUCUCGAUGUUCUCGGACGUCCGAUGGUCCUCGCUGGGAAUGAGGCCAAGCAGGUUCAGUGGACGAACGUUUAUCAGGACGCCCUGGGGUUGGGCUUGGUGGUGACGGGAACACUUCCAGUAUUUAAUCUGACGACAGACGACUCCGGGAAUAUGGGAAAGAGUCGGCAGAACCAGCUCAUUCUCGGUGUGAUGGGCAUUGAUGUGGCGCUGGAAGACAUCCAGAAGCUGAUGCCGCGAUACAGCUUGGGUGCCAACGGGUACAUGUUUGCCAUCGAUCUGAACGGAUACGUUCUGCUCCAUCCAAACCUGAAGCCACAAGUCAUCAACUUCCAGGAGCCGGUGACUCUGGACUUCCUGGACGCGGAGCUGGAGGAUGAGAAUAAGGAGGAGAUCAGACGGAGGAUGAUUGAUGGGAUGGAGGGACAUCAGGUGAUCCGGACCCUGGUGAAGUCCCUGGAUGAGAGAUACAUUGACGAAGCUGACCGGACGUACACAUACGCGCCAAUUCACAGUACAAAUUACAGCCUGGGUCUGGUGUUACCUCUGUACAGCUCCUAUUACCUGCGUGCUAAUCUCAGUGAUCAGAUCCUCCAGGUGCAGUAUCCAAACAAGAAAACUAAGGAUUUUGAGUCUUUGAUGCCCAACACGUUUGAGUCUGAGGGCCGGGUGUUCAUCGCUCCGAGGCAGUACUGUCGAGAGCUUGAACAGUCGGAAAACAACACAGAGUUCCUUCUGAACUUCAUUACUCUGAUGGAGAAAGUGACGCCGGACUCCAAGCAAUGUGACAGCUUCCUGCUGCACAAUCUCAUCCUGGACACGGGAAUCACGCGGGAUUUGGCCGACCGUGUUUGGAAGGACAAAGAUCUUCUCACUUAUGGGCUUCUGGCGGUGUAUGCGGCGACAGACGGUGGCAUCACCCGAGUCUUCCCCAACAAAGCUGCUGAUGACUGGUUGGAGGACAUGGAGCCUCACAAUGCCACCUUCUACCGAAGAAGUCUCGACAACAAGGGCUACAUCUUCCGAGCGCCAUACAGAGAACCUGGAUAUCGGCCGUCCGAUCUGGAGAAUAAUACGGUGGGAAUUCUGGUCAGCACGGCCGUAGACCUGGAGGUCGAAGGCAGGAGACUUAAACCAGCUGUUGUCGGAGUGAAGUUGGAUCUGGAAGCUUGGGUAGAAAAAUUCAAGGUUCUGGCCAGUAACCAGUCUGAGUCCAAUCCUCAAGGACCGCGCAAGCAGUGCAGUCCCUCGGCCAGCUGCGAGAUGGACUGCGACAUCAACAACGAGGAUCUACUGUGUGUCCUGAUUGACGAUGGCGGAUUCCUCGUCAUGUCCAACCAGCAAGACCACUGGUCCCAGGUGGGGAAGUUCUUCAGCGAGGUGGAUCCGAAUCUCAUGUCCGCUCUCUACAACAGUUCCUUCUUUUUGAGGAAGGAGUCCUACGACUACCAGUCACUGUGCGCCCCCAAAACAGAGAGCAACAAAGGUGCUGCCCCCCGGGGGAUCUUUGUGCCAACAAUUGCCGACAUCCUGAAUCUGGCCUGGUUAUCAUCGGCAGCUGCAUGGUCCGUAUUCCAGUCUCUCAUCUACAGCCUGACGUACAGCACCUGGAUGCAGGCCGAUGACAUCAUGGCAGAAGGUAUGGAGCCGCGGGAGGCCAGCUGUAUCAUGAAGCAGACGCAAUAUUACUUCAGCAACAUCAACUCCACGUACUCGGCCGUCAUUGACUGCGGGCCCUGCUCCCGAUACUUCCACGCCCAGCGACUGUCCAACACCAAUCUGCUGUUUGUGGUGGCGGAGAAGCUGAUGUGCAGCCAGUGUGACAUCAUGAAGCUGGAUCAAGCAGAGACGCGUUCGGAAGGUCCGGAACAGUGUGAGUUGGUGGAAACGCCUCGAUACCGGAAAGGUCCUCACGUCUGCUUUGACUACAACCAGAUGGAGGACACAUCAGACUGCGGCAGAGGCUCCAUGUUCCGACCGUCUUGGCUCUUGCUGGCCUUUCUUCAGUCGCUACUCCUGUGCCUGGUUUCCGCCUCGACGUCAUCCACCACCGGUAGGGGGCUCUAGACCCCCGUCCCUGCUUCCUCCCUCCUUCCUGAGGCCACUUCUUGAUUAGUGACGUGGUUACCAUGACAACCAGGCAAGUGCCACUCCAGCGCAUUUUGGGCUGAGUUACCACGACAACCACCACUUGUUAUGGAUGAAUCUUACUGUGACAACCAGGAGACCUUUUUAGCGCCAUCGGGAGUUUUUUUCCAAGGCAACCGGGAGAACCGCAUCACGGCUUUGUAGCAGCACUUAACUCGUCGGCAAGAACUUCCUGCCAUGUCCAUCGUGGCCACUUUCUAGGAUCUCUUGUUUCCUGUCCAUCCGUCUCUCGUCGGUUUCCCCGUUUUUUCUGUCUUCACAUCUGGUCUCUGAGAUGACGUCACCACGUCACUGUGAUGUUCUGACCUUGGCCUCCAUAUUUCUGUAUAGCUCCAGUAUCAAUGCUAAGGGUCAGAGUCAACAUCGCAACGGCAUUCUGUACAUCCACCAUCAAGUCAUCAUGGCUUCUUCAUAUCAUCGUCAGACCGAGUGGAAGUCCAUCUUUCCCUUUGGAUCACACAUGGGGCCAAAGUCACUAGGAGGAAGGGGGGGGGGGCGGUGACAGAAAAUUCAAUAAGCGAGAAACAUUAGGUUUCCGCAUUGGGUAUUGCCAAGUUCUUCAUGCAAGAAGUCUGUGUUGAGCAUCAUGUACACACUUUUCAUGGACUGGAGAUGUUAUCAUGUCUUUGGCUGCAGAAUUGCUUUACCCAGGAUCCUUUGCCAGGCUCUAGGGGAUUGCACUUCUGCUGCAACGUGAGUGCCAAAAGCAGCUGUGUUAGAUAAUUGAUGUUAUUCUUUUCUGUUCGGGCUUCAUAACCUCAAGCACAACCCUGUCACAUCAUAGGACCGUACAGUAUUGUACCAAAGAAACAGGCUUGGGAUGUCUUUACUUCUGUGCAAUGUUACAUUUUCUUUGAAGGCCAACUCAGCCCAAAUCUGAUAUUUUGGUUCACGUUGGGCAAUCGAUGGAUUAAAUUAGCCAACGGCAUCUUAAAUUUG